AUGUCCACAGACCCCGAAGUCACCGUCGAAAAUGUCGCGCAGAUCCUCCAGAACGACCGCAAGGUCAAGGUGGCCGGGAUAGACGUCGACGGCAUGCUGCGCGGCAAGCUCAUGAAGAAGGAGAAGUUCCUGUCAAUUCUCGAUGAUGGCUUCGGGUUCUGCUCGGUCAUCUUUGGCUGGGACCAGCACGAUGCGACUUAUUACAAAGAGCUGUCCGUCAGCAACAAGGAAAACGGCUAUCGCGACCUGGUAGCUAUGCCCGAUCUGCGCAGUUUCCGACGCAUUCCAUGGGAGGGCAAUGUGCCCUUUUUUCUUGUCAGCUUCCUGGACCCGGAUACCCGACAGCCGGUGUGUGCAUGUCCACGCGGGUUGUUGAAGAGUGCUGCGGCCAAAGCCGAGGCGGCUGGGUACCGUGCCAUGGCCGGAGCCGAGUAUGAGUUCUAUCAGUUUCGGGCGCCAGGAAACCACUCCACCCCCGAACGCGCCGCGUCUUCAACCGCCAUCUUCCUGCAGACGAACCCCGUCGAUGCGUUGCCGCCGUUAACCGAGGGCAUGUUUGGAUACUCGAUCACGCGGCCUCUGCACAAUCAGGACUAUUUCUAUGGCAUCUACGAUGCGUGCGAAGAAUUCCGGUGCGACAUUGAAGGGUGGCAUACGGAGAGUGGACCGGGUGUUUAUGAGGCUGCAUUACAAUUCGGAGAGGCAAAGUCAAUGGCCGACAAGGCGGGUCUAUUCAAAUAUGUUGUCAAGGCAUUCGGCAUCAAGCACGGCAUCACACCAUGUUUCAUGGCUAAACCACGCCACGGUCUUCCAGGCAAUAGCGGGCAUAUGCACAUUUCCCUGGUGACCGCCGACGGCAAGAACGCCUUCAUCCGCGAUACCGCCGAUCCGUCCCCGCCCUACCCUGAUGUUGCUCACCUCUCCGAUCUGGGUCGGCAUUUCCUGGCUGGUCUUCUAGUCGGCUUGCCGGAUAUCAUGCCACUCUUGGCUCCGACAAUCAACUCUUACAAGCGGCUAGUAGAAAACUUCUGGGCGCCAGUUACCGUGUCGUGGGGCUUGGAGCAUCGUGCGGCAUCUAUUCGUCUUAUUACUCCCCCCACCGCCAGCCCGAAGGCCACCCGGUUCGAAGUCCGCGUACCCGGUGCCGACGCCAACCCGCAUUUUGUCCUGGCGGCUAUCCUGGCGCUAGGAUGGCGCGGUGUUGAGAAAAGGCUCGAGAUUCCCGUGCCGCCAUUGUCCCGGGGCGAAGACAUGGGUGGUGCGAGUGACAAGGGUGCGCGACUGGCCAAGUCAUUGAAAGAGGCAAUUGCGACGUUUAUGCGGCCGGAAAGCGUAGCACGAGAAGUCUUUGGCGAUGCCUUUGUGGAACAUUUCGGAGGAACUCGAGAGCACGAAGUGCGCUUAUGGGAGGAGGCUGUCACAGACUGGGAGGUGAAGCGAUAUAUCGAGACGGUGUGA